ACAAAUAUUGUUUCAACUAAUUUAUCAACAAAAAGAUUUAAAAAAAGAAAAAAGGAAAGAACGUCAGUUAUUUUUUUUCCCGUAGUUACUACUCCGGCUUCUUCUUCUCCGGCGUUUGUCGUUCAGCUCCAGAUUCGCAGCUUCUGAUUCGCCGGAAAAAAUUCACAGCCGGAGUUUCAACUUGAAUAGAUUGAUAUGAAUUCGCGAAGGGAACGUAGCAGUAGAGCUGCUCUAUUUGAUGGAAUUGAGGAAGGUGGUAUUAGGGCUUCUUCAUCAUAUGAUUCGCGCGAAAUUGAUGAACACGAGAAGGAGAGGGCAAUAGAUGGGUUGCAAGAUAGAGUUAAUAUGCUCAAAAGAUUGACAGGUGAUAUACAUGAGGAGGUGGAGACUCAUAACCGGAUGCUCGAUAGAAUGGGCAAUGAUAUGGAUUCUUCAAGGGGUGUUUUAGCUGGAACAAUGGAUAAAUUUAAGAUGGUAUUCGAGACAAAAUCAAGCCGAAGGAUGUUCACACUCGUGGCCUCAUUUGUGGUUCUGUUUUUGGUGGUAUACUAUCUCACUAGGUAAUUAGUAAUGUGAACAGAGAUAUGUUCUGGAUUGAAAGAUGCUUGGCUGAGAUUCUGAUGUCAACAUUACUGUCUCACUGUAAAAAAGUCUUGACUUUGUCUAGCUGUGUAAAAGUGUUCCUAAUACAAUAUAUAUAUAUUUUUUUAAGCUCUCCCAAAUUAGGAGGAUCUACAGUGUUUUCACACUUCCCCUCUAAUAAUACAAUAGACAGUUUUAAAGUAUACAAUGUGCAUCUUUGAAUAUACCGAGGGGAAAAUCAGUGUAAGCCUACACUAUUUAGAGAUCAUACACAUAAAUUGAUAGGGAAUGCAAAUUAUUGUUGUAUCUAACAGUUUUGAGAAGGAAAGUUGAUGAAGUUCCGUUUA